CCAAUCAGUUUAUAUAGCAAUCAAUCAUCAUAAUUUAAUUUGAUUUCUAGCCACGGAAUUAACAUAGACCCGCAAUGCAAGUCACGUCACGUGUGCUCUGCCUCUGGUCUUGUUUGCCUUCCUGCUUCAUCUAGCACUCCAUCCACUACAGUAGCACCCCUCCAUGGAAUGGAAUGGAAUGGAAUGGAGAGCGAGAGCCAUGGAUGCCACCACCACCACAGAGGCAUCAAGAAAGGAACCAUGUCCUUGCCCCAAGGACGGAGGUGACCCAACCCACAGCUCUCACUCCUACGGCCGCCUCCCUCCUGCUCUGCUGCGCAUCCUCACCAAGCAACCCUUCCAUGGCGUCAAUACGGCGGCGGCGUCGUCGUGAUGACCCGAUACCAUAAAUACACGUCGAGGGAGUCGCUGUCCGUGUACGCUCGCUGCGAAAGCAAAGCGAGCAGCUUUAUUUGGUUGGUUGCCAUGGACCGGCGGCGGAGCAGCGCGGCGGCGGCGGCGCGGGUGUUCGAGGACUUCGACCCGGUGGUGGAGUGGAAGCUGGCCGGGGAGGAGCAGGACGUGGUGGAGAUCACGCUGCCGGGGUUCCGAAAGGACCAGGUGAGGGUGCAGGUGGACAACCACGGCGUGCUCCGCGCCACCGGCGAGCGACCCACACGGGGCGGCCGGUGGGCUAGGUUCAAGAAGGACCUCCGCCUCCCCGACAACUGCGACGCCGACGGCGUCCGCGCCAGGUUCGAAGGCGAGAAGCUCAUCAUCACGCUCCCCAUCGUCGCCGCCACGACGCCCUCGCCGCCACCGCCGCCUCCGCAGUCGCACUCGCCCACUCCGUCGCCGCCGCCAGCACCAGAGCCUCGCUGGCCUCCUGCGUACUCUGAGCCGCCGACGCGCCGUCCAUCGGCACCACAACCAUCUCCCCCCGUUCCUGCUUAUUCUGAACCGCCGCAGCCACCACGUCCAUCACCACCGCCUCCACCACCCCCACCGCUUGUUCCAAGUUAUUCCGAGGCGGCACCGCAUCGGUCUCCAUCGCCAUCGCCAUCGCCAUCGCCAUCGCCAUCGCCAUCGCCAUCGCCAUCGCCAUCGCCGCCACCGUCGCCGCCGCCACCUGUUCCAAGAUACACUGCGCCGCCGACGCGUCGACCCCCAUCACCACCUCGUUUCCCAAGUCAUUCUGAGCCGCCGCCGCCGCCGCCGCCGACGCGUCGGCCCCCAUCGCCACCUCGCUUCCCAAGUUAUUCUGAGCCAGCGCCGCCGCCGACGCGUCGGCCCCCAUCGCCACCUCGUUUCCCAAGUUAUUCUGCACCACCGCCACCAGCACCAGCACCACCACGUCAGGGUAAAUCACCGCCUCUUCCUCCUACGCGUCCUGAGCCACCGCCGCGUCGGCCUCAGCCCCCACCGCCACCGCCGUCGCCACCACGUACUUAUCCUGAGCCACCACGCCAGCGUCCAUCACCGCCUCAGCCUCCUAAGUAUCCUGAGCCGCCGCCGCUGCGCCAGCCUCCUCCUCCUCCUCCACCUCCUGUUCCAAGUCAUCAUUACGAACCGCAGCAGCGUGUUCCACCACCUCCGCCGCCUUCUCUUCAUACAUACCCUGAACCGCCACGGGCGCCGGCUCCACGCCCAUCACCGCCGUCGGCACCACCCGAACAAGCUCGCCGGACUGUUUAUUCAGAACCGACAGCGCCACGUCCGUCGCCACCACUGACCGAACAAGCUCGCUGGCCAGUUUAUUCAGAGCCGACAGCGCCACCGCCACGUCCGUCGCCACCGCUGACCGAACAAGCUCGCCGUCCUGUUUAUUCAGAGCCGCCGCUGCCAGGACCACCUACGGCGAGGCCCACCGCUGAGGCGCUGACAGGGGUGGGUGCUGAGGAGCCGAAACCGUCGGCGUCGCGAUAUGGGACGCGGACGCCGGCUGCUGCUCCAGGGCCAAUGGCUCCUCCAUUGUGGCAGACGACGCCGGCUCCUCCAGCGCCGCUGCCUCCUCGUGGAGCAGAGGAAGAACCGCCCAAGAAGCAACUGCAAGAUACCAGUACCAUGGUGCGAGAGGAAGACGGUAGGCCGGCGCCACCACCGAAGAAGAAGAAGAAGGAGAAGAAACCGAAACGAGCGGAGGAGCUAGGCGGUGAAGUGAGAGGGAAGGUGAACGGCGGAGCUCGGGCAUUGCCAGCGGUGGGUUAUGCUCCGACGACGGCGACUAUGACGCCGGAGCCGGGACGGCAGCUGCUGGUGAACACUGCUGCCGCCGUGGCCGUGCUCGUUGGGGUCAUCGUGGCCGUGUGGCGCACCCUGCAAAGCUAG